AUGCCUGCUUGUCUGCGAGUGUCUUUGUGCAGCGCAGCAGCCACCAGGGUCGGUGUCGAUGUGUACCAUGUUGCCCUGCCAUGCCUGUACGGAUCGGAAGAGGUCUACCACUUGCUGGCCUUGAAGGAAGAUGCACCCCAGCCAAUCCCGGAAGCCAUCCGGGAUACUCCACAGCGUCUGCUUCCGACAGUGUCGACUCCUUCUGUCCAAAGGUCAGCCAGCGUCCCUGGCGAGGCGUCACGGGGACCCCGCCACCGCCGCUUAUCAAUGUUUGACAGCGAUAUCCCGGCCUUGCCGCUGAGCAGCUUGCCGCAGCUUUCGGACAUCGUGAUGCUGCUUGAUGCUUCAUCUCCCCAGAAGGACAUCAAGCAGUUGCACAUGAACUACCGUCGUUGCAAGGGUGGUCGGUCCUCUGCGGAUGGCAUGCCGAGCUUGAGAAAGCUCGUCCGGCCGACUGAUUGGGAAUCCGUCCACACCAGCGUCACGGCCUAUGCAGCGAAGUCUGGUCGGCCAUCGGUCUCCGAGAAGACCCUUGGGCCUGUGUGCAUUCGAAGGCCUGAUGGGCCUCACAAGUUCAUGGUGGCAAAGCAAGCGAAGCUCUACUUCUCCUCGAAUAAGGAUGGA